AUGAAGGCCCUAAGCUUCGUCACGGGCAUUUUUCUGGCGAUAUCUGCCGUCGCGGAAGGAGACCCGCCGCCUCCGCAGUUCCCGUAUGUUCUCGGAGUAGUGUCGGACACCCCUUCUCAAUGUGCCCCUGGACAAAGCAUGAACAUCACAUUCCUCCCAGAUAGCCUCAGACUGGGCCUUCCUGGUAUGCGAUUUGGCACAGAAGGACAUGGUAGAACGGACGAAUAUGCUGGUUGUCAGUUCACUGUAGAAUUCACCUCCUGGUGGUACAAGUACCGCUUCGCGAUCCGAGAUGUGACUUAUAGAGGACACCUCAAUGCAACGGAUGGCGUCCAGCUAUACCAGUUGAAAGCCAACACGGUUUUCAGAUAUGAGAAUCGGAAGCUAAACCCGGGAAGAGCACCUCCUGAUAUUUGGAAUGUAUCUAUGUCUACCAUGAUCGAUAACACCGCCAAGGCAGCUGUUGGAGGUGAAGGAACCUUCGAUGACAACUUCGAAGUAAGCGGCGGUAACAGUUCCAACUUAGAGUGGUCAACGUGUAUGGAUGGUGGCGAGGGCUCGGGCGACGUCAAGACAAAGCUCUCGUUUAACAUCGGCGCGACUACAAGCGACAAGAGCGGCAAAGGCACUGGUAUUCUAACCCAUGGUUUGACGUUGGACUUCGGACUCGUCUGGGAAGAAUGCUAUCCCGACCGAUCAGCUAAGAACGCAUGGGGCCAGACACGGAUCGAUGACUGGUCGGUCUGCACGUACAACACGAAUAACGAGACUUCGCGGACAGUCUCGCGAGCGUUACGACAGGGACCAGGUGUGUCAUUCUAA